AUGACAAAAGAAGAAUCAGAAAAAUGUAUUGCAGAAUACAAGCGCAGCUGACAGCUUAUUUGACAGUUAGCGUCUCCAGAUGCUCCACAUCGUCAUUAGCUACCUGCCCGCUUGUGGGGUUAUCGUCGCGGCAGAGCGUUGAUCCGGUGAAGUCUCAGCUUUUAGCAUGUAGCUAACAGAUUUUUUAGCAUUUAGUGAACUGGUUCCACUAAGUCCUAGUUUAUUGUUGAAGAAAUGUAUUUUAACUAGUUGUUCAUCAUUAGUAAAAAUCCCAGUAUCUGCAGCUUUAACCGAUUCGUGUACAGAAGUGAAGCACUGGAACUUGGUACAAGCACCAGAUCUGGACGGAGCUCUAUUGGCCGCGGUCUGAUACGGUCACUGGAGAAGGGUUAAUACUGGUUGGAUACGUUUUCUGUGGUUGUUUAUGAUGCAGCGGGAGAUUACAGAUUUCUAAAAAUCUGCCGUCCUUCCCCGUCCUGUUCUACAGCAAGAUAAAGGACAACACUGAGUGUGGAGCGAAGAUAGUGCUAAAGCUCAAAUUCGAAAGAUGAGCAGCUGCUGCUCUACCUGUGGCUCAGGCCCAGACACUUCCUGUCAGUGCGAGAAGCUUCCGGAGUUCAGGUGUCCGAGGAAGUGAACACAACCCCAAAAGCAUUGCAGACAGAUGUAAACACUAUAGACCUGAUGUCCAGACGGACUGUCGUAUUUUCCAGAAAUGCUGGCUGUGGUUCUGUUCUGAAGCCCUAUUGGAUGUGCAUGUUGUUCAGAGUCCUGUAUGUGUUGCUGAGGGUCAAUGGUGGUUUGGCUGUCUGUGGGGUCUGGCUGUUGGUAGUGACCUCAGCUCCCACAUACCUUUGAAGCAGGUUGUAAUGAACAAGGUUUCCAGCUGCAUCCACGUUUGUCUCCCUCCCACAGCGGCUGCAUCUGUGGAUGGAAGUGUGCAGUUCUGCAAUGGGACCAGAGAGAGUCUUGCCGAGCUCUGAGGAUGAGCUACGGGAGGAAGAGCGCCCAGGUGAUGGAGCACUGCUGCCUGUGGGGGCAGUGUGGAGUGGAGGGGAGGAGGCAGCUGAGGGAGAGACGGAGCUGGAUGGAGAAGAAGAAGAAGAGGCACAGGAAGAAGUGAACAGUGGAGGAUAUUAUUAUCAGCCUCUGAACCAGGACCUUGAAGGUACAAAUGACAGCGAGCAGCUGGAGCAGGACGAGGAACAGGGGGAGGGAGCCUUUCAUACCGUGCAGCAUAGAAUAGAGGUGCUGGGCCUCCACCUUCCUGACGCACCUCCUGCUGACAGUGAUGAGGAGGAGGAUCCCGAGGGGGCGGCGGCCCUCAGGAGCCGAGCUUUCAUCCCCAUGGAUGCAGACCACGUAGAGCUGGUGAAGAGGACCAUGGCAGCUGUGGCGUUGCCGUCUCUGGCCGUACCAGCGUGGGCCCGAGAGAUCUCAGAUGACCAGUGGACGGACAUGGUGCAGCACACGCUUCAGAGCCGGCAGAGUGGCACUGUGCGCCUCGGCCACAGGGGCAACAUCACUGGGCCCUGAAGGCACCGCAGAGAAGCAUUCAAACCAGCAAGAGUCAACAUUUUGGUUUAAAAGGUUAAUUAUAUGAAAAUAUUAACAAAGCAGCUUCAAACUGAAUCGUUUUUAUUUGCCACACUUAUCCUGAUGUCAAAAGUAACGAUUUAGUUAAAAAGGUCAGAUUUUGCUGUGAUUCACAAAGUUAAGUUAAACUAUACUAAGAAGCAACACAUUCAGUUUGAGGUCACUGAUCAGGUGACGGGGUUAAAAGUGAUGGGUCUUAUCAGCUGCUGCCUCCAAAUCACAGAGACUCAGUUGGCACAUGAUGACGUAUGUGAGACUCAAUUUUUACUUUAGGACACUUUAAAUAACCCACAGGGUCAGUGUUUCUCAGAUGUCUGCAGAUGAGGUGACUGAUCAAUGAUCCAACCUAAGUACUUUAGGUAAAGCAGUCAAUAAAACCAAUGGAUUCAAAUCUCAGUCUGUUAUCACCUUCAAAUCACAGAGAGCAGUUGACAGAAUGUGAUGUAUGUUGAUUUCUGCCUGUCCAUUAACUCAGUGUCUUUGGUCGGAUUUUCUCAGUCCUGUAAGGACAAAUGAACAUUUCAACCGAGUUGCUGGUAGUUUGAUUUGUCGGCUCGUGUUCCAGUUAGUCGUCUCCUGCCUUGAGAUAACUUUGUGAUUUGGCGCUAUAUAAAUAAAAUUGAAUUGAAUCUCUUUGUUAAAUCUGUCAUUGUAAAACAAACUGUCAAACAUUUCCACUUUAUUUCUUUUUCUUGCGUUCCUACAUGAACAUCUGUACAAAAUCAGACUUUACUAUGUAAUACUUUACUUAAUUAAAGCUCAACACGUGUAUCA